GUGUUAGUUUCUUAACUUUAAAGACAAGCAAGUUCUAAUGCAAAAUACAUUGUCUUUGUCCGCAUGAGCUAGCUUCAAAUUACAAAUGGGCAAGCAUGCACUUACAAUACAAAGAUUCUUCCAUGCACAAACAUCAAUUAACAAAUCUCCAAUUCCAAUCCAAAAAAAUUCCAACUACCUUCAAAUUCUCUCAUCAUGCAAAAACCUGCACUCAACCCUUCAAAUCCACGCUCAUUUAAUAAUCUCAGGCCAUCAAAACCACCAUUUAACAAACACCCAUCUCAUAAAAUGCUACAUUUCUCUAAAAAGACAUGAACUUGCCCGAUUAGUAUUUGAUUUAAUGCCAAACCCAACUCUUAGAUUAUAUAAUUCAAUGAUACAAGCUUAUGCAAAUGCUAAAAACCACAAAGAAGCUAUAAAAAUGUACCAUUUGAUGUUAGAUAAAGGCUUAGAGCCUGAUAAGUAUACUUUUAACUUUGUUUUGAAAGCUUGUAGUGGCGGUUUGGAGUUUAAAGAGGGUAUUUUGAUUCAUAGGGAGAUAGGUUUUAAAGGGUUGGAUUGUGAUGUUUAUGUUGGGACUGCACUUGUUGAUAUGUAUGGUAAAAUGGGUGAUGUGGGGAUGGCGAGGAAUGUGUUUGAUAAAAUGCCUGACAGAGAUGUUGUAACUUGGAAUGCUAUGGUUUUGGGGUUGGCACGGAGUGGGGAGCCUGAGGAGGCGUUGGAGUUGGUUGGGUGUAUGGGAUUGGGUGGUGUCGAGGCUGAUUUAGUGACAGUUUUGAAUUUGGUUCUGGCUGUUUCGAGAUUAGGGGAUGUUGAUGCUUGUAGGACUAUUCAUGGUUAUGUGACUCGCAAGGGGUUUGAUGGAACUGUUUCGAAUGGGUUGAUUGAUAUGUAUUGUAAAUGUGGGGAUGUAGGUGUGGCUUGUCAGGUUUUUGAACGAAUGCGAGAUAGAAAUGAUGUCUCUUGGAAAACAAUGAUGGCUGGGUAUGCACAUAAUGAGUGCUUCUUUGAGGUCUUGGAGUUGUUUGAUCGUAUGAAGAGAGAAAAUGUUGCGUUGAACAAAGUAUCAGUUGCAACUGCUCUUUUAGCUGCUGCAGAAAUGAGAGAUUUACGAAGAGGGGAAGAAAUUUGUCAUUUUGCCAGAAAUCAAGGAAUGGAGUCUGAUGUUUCUAUGACUACUGCUGUGAUGACUAUGUAUGCCAAAUGUGGCUAUCUAGAUGAUGCUAAACGGUUGUUUCAUUGGCUUAAGGAAAAGGAUUUGGUUGCUUGGUCAGCAAUUAUAUCCGCUGUUGUUCAAUCAGGGUACCCCGAAGAUGCACUGUCACUGUUUAGAGAUAUGCAGCAUGCUUUUUUGAAAGCAAAUAAUAUUACUCUCCUUAGCGUACUUACAGCUUGUGCUGAGUUAAUGUCUCUGCCAUUAGGCAAAAGUGUGCACUGUUAUGCAGUAAAAGCCAGUUUUGACUCGGAUAUCCCAGUCGGAACAGCCCUAAUGUCCAUGUAUGCUAAAUGUGGCCUAUUUACUUAUGCGCUGACUGUGUUCAAUCGAAUGCCGUGUAAAGAUAUUGUGACAUGUAACACUUUAAUAUAUGAGUAUGCGCAGAAUGGUUAUCCUUAUCCUGCAAUGGAGAUGUUCCAUAGAGUGCAGACAUCUGAGAUACGACCAGACUCAGGAACAAUGAUAGGAUUGCUUUCAGUAUCUGUCCUCUUAAACGACCUAGACCAAGGAAUAAGCAUCCAUGGACAAAUUGUAAAGUCUGGCUUUGAUUCUCUCUGUAAGGUAAAAAAUGCUCUCAUUGACAUGUAUGGCAAAUGUGGCAGCCUUUCAGAUGCUAAAUUCUUGUUCUGUAGUACAGAAUUUAUAAAGGAUGAGGUAUCUUGGAAUGUCCUCAUUGCAGGAUAUGUCCACAAUGGGCAUGCCAAAGAUGCCAUUUCUCUAUUUCACCAGAUGAAAUCAGAGCAUUUUGAGCCUAAUUUAGUCACAUUUGUUAGCAUCUUUCCUGCUGUAGCGUAUCUGUCGGCCUUAAAUGAAGGCAUUGCUCUUCAUGCUCUUGUUAUCAGAAUGGGUUUCGAGUCUAAUAUACCUGUCAGGAAUUGUCUACUUGAUAUGUAUGCGAAAUGUGGGCAGCUUCACUACUCGGAACAAUUAUUUCACGAAAUGAACUAUAAAAACACCGUUUCUUGGAAUGUGAUGCUAGCAGGGUAUGCUGUUAACGGUCAAGGGAAUCGUGCUGUCGAACUUUUCUCACUUAUGCAGAAGAACAAUGUCAAGGUUGAUUCUUUAUCCUUCAUCGGUGUGUUAUCUGCUUGCAGACAUGCAGGUUUAAUAGAUGAAGGGAGAAAAAUAUUUGAUAUAAUGUGUAAAAAGCAUGAUCUUGAACCGGGUUUAGAGCAUUACGCAUGCAUGGUGGAUUUAUUAGGUCGUGCUGGGUUAUUCGAUGAAAUUUCACACUUAAUUGAGGGAAUGACGUUGGAACCUGACGCAGGAGUGUGGGGGGCCUUAUUGGGUGCAUGUAAAAUUCAUUCUAAUGUGCACUUAGCAGAAUCUGCUGUUGAUCAUCUUGUGAAACUUGAGCCUGAAAAUCCCACUCAUCUCGUCGUUUUGUCAAAUAUAUAUGCUAAAUCUGGAAGAUGGAGAGAUGCAGACAGUACAAGAUCAAAUAUGUUCAGAGCAGGGCUGAAGAAAAGUCCAGGAUGGAGUUGGGUGUGAGAAAACAGAUCAAGAAUAUCUCUUCAUUAUUUCACAAUUUAAUGGAUGUGGAGGUUAGCUAUAGCUUUCAAAGUGUAAACUGGCGAAAGAUGAACUGUUUCUGGUUCGCAGGGAAAUAAUAGUUCGAGAAGCAGAAAGAAUAUGAACCAUGAAGCAUGAACUGUGAAAAGAAUAUAAGCUGAGAGUAAAUCCUGUAGUGCCGACUCGUACUCACAGAAGGCGAUUAAGCUAUUAGAAUUCUGAUAUUGCUUCAGCUUUUGAUCACGGUCAUACACAGAAGGUUUGUUGUAUAUGCUCCAGAAGAUGAUUAACUUGUUAAUAUCCAAAUACAUUACAGGAUUCAGCUUUGUUCAUUUCAUACAGGUUCUGAUGAGAGGUUCAUUUUCUCAGUUAUGCUCCGGAAAGAAGCAAUGUCGCAGCUGGUCACUUCUUGUGACUUCUCAUAGCUGCCGCAAGCAGGACGUGGCAUUGAUGAUAUGGAGAAAAACACCUCAACUCUUACAGUUCUCAACAAUACUAUACGUAGACUUUAGCUGGAAGAGAUAUUU